UAAGUGUCCGAUGAACGUGCCUACCACAAGAAAGCACGAGCCCUGUAGAUUAUCUCCCCUAAUUCGACAGAGUAAAAAACAAGAAAAAGGGGAAAUAUUUAAAGAAAAUGCAGUCUUUACAGCAGAAGGCGUCGGAGUGGAGCGGAGUGGCGGCGAGCGACGCCUUCGCCAUCGACGAGACCAAUCUCUUCGAAACCCUAGGCGGAAUCCAGCCCUUCAUCGAUCUCUCAACCAAUUUCUACAACAGGGUUUUCGAUGAUGAGGAAGAGUGGUUCCGAUCUAUCUUUUCGAAUUCGAAGAAGGAGGACGCGAUCCGGAAUCAGUACGAGUUCUUCGUUCAGAGGAUGGGAGGCCCUAAUCUGUAUUCCCAGAGGAAAGGUCAUCCAGCUCUGAUCGGACGACAUGCACCAUUCCCUGUUACUCACCAAGCUGCUGAGAGGUGGUUGCACCACAUGCAACAAGCACUUGAUAGCACCACGAGCAUCGAUCCUGAUUCAAAAGUCAAAAUGAUGAAUUUUUUCAGGCACACUGCUUACUUUCUUGUGGGUGGGAAUGAGAUGACAAGGCAAAGGCAACAAGUUCAAUGUAAGCAUGCAGCAAAUGGACCAUCAACAUCUACCUGAGAUUCAACUUGCUCGUCAAUUGACACAGUUACUUGAUAUCAUAUAUAUAAAUAAAUUCUACAAAAUCAUGCAAUUUGCUCUUUGAUCAAUCGGGAGUAUUGUGAUCAAUCUCAUGAAUGCGCGUUGCGAUUGUUUAUCACUUCACACCCGUGAAACGAUUGCACCUGCUAAUGAAAUUAAACAUUGCAGCUAUGUUGUUCAA